UCCCGUCGAAAGCAAAAACAAGGCCACCUUUUGCUCGGGCUACAUACAGCGUAUGUACGUGUCGCUCUUUGGCAGCUUGCACCGAUUGUGAGUCAUACUCGAGCGGACGGGCGUCAAGUGACGCUAUCUCCGCUUGAACUUCGCUCUGGGGAGCGUUAGCGUUAUCGCAAAGCCCUUUUGGGUCGUUUAGUUCAGUUUCUUUCCGCGUGCGCUCCAACCCAGCACUGUAGUACCAUGAGCGGCAUAAACGCGACAAAAAUGAGUGCAGCAGAAGGGCAACGUUGUUUUUCAUUUAACUGUUAGAAAUCAUAACUGUGCCCUUGUCCCGUCCUCUGUCCCUGGUAGCUGUUAUCAACAGCUGCCAGGGGUUCCCUCCUACCUCCCCCAAAGAUCUUGCAAUAUCCCCCAAAUUUUCCGUCGCGCAAACAUUUUAUCCCAAUAGCCAACUGAUAUAGGUGUCAUCCUCCGCGGUAUUCGAAUACCCACCUAAGAUGAAAACCCUAGGUGCUUGCUGCUAACAAUUAGCGCACAAGCUGUUCCUUAUUAGGAAACUAACCGUACUUUCCCACCCAUUGUUCAACUUUCAAACUUGCAUUUUCUCGCGUUUGCGGCUGUCCGCAUGCGAACACGAUGCUGUUUUGUCGUGCAUCUGUGUGGGCCCGCCUAAAGUCGGGCCCGCCUUAGUACCUGUCAGUAAGCCGCGGUCUUUACUUUCAUUUUCUUCUUUCUGUUCUUUCAUCCCCCUCCUCUUCUUCUUCUUCUUCUUUUUUUUUUUUUUUUUUUUUUUUUGCCGCAGACGAGCUCCAUGACCGGACUUCGCAAGACACAGGCGCUGAUCUCCAUCGGACAAAUAUGGUUUCCCUGCCUUCAAAAGAGCAACACAUCCGUGCAAGUGAAAUAGCAUGACCUGCUAUCCUCAUUCAUGGCUUACGCUGUUUCUAAAAAUUCGUACAAACACCCAGGGAGGAUCCAGGAUUUUUUUCCCCCCCUUAGAGGGAGAGGGUGGCACAGGACAGCAUAUGCUACAUGUACUAAAUAGGGAUAGGGUCAACUGAACAGUAUGUGAAGACAGAAAUUGUGGAGGGAGUCAGGACAUCUAGAGGACCCCUCUCUAGAUCCGCGCCUGCAAACACCCCAAGCCGUCCAAAAGCGCAGUGCAAGCAGCGCGUUUUCUUCGGAUCCAGCGUAAAAACCGCUACCCAUCCGGCAACCAAGUUAGUGUGACUGGCAACUUUGUGCGGUGUCUGCCAAAAUAUUUGUCUUGUGUGUGGAGGCGUGAUAUUUGGCAUUUGUUUUGCACAAAUCCUUCGCAGCCCGAUGCACUCGGUGGCAUCUAAGCCACCUCGGAGCCCUUCGGGCAUCGGGUCAAUGUCGCAGGCUCGAGGUGGUGCCAAACUGCGGGCCAGGUCGUCGUCUGCUGGUCGUGGGCCAGACAAAGGCCUGCGAGCCCGUUACUGGGCUUACCUGUUCGAAAACCUUCGUCGAGCUGUGGACGAGAUCUACAAGACUUGUGAGACAGACGAGAGCAUCCUGGAAUGCAAGGAAGCAGUUAUGGCGCUGGAAAAUUAUUCCAAAGAAUUCAAGGCUCUCAUUGACUGGAUAGAACUGAGCAAGGAACUUGAAAACACUCCUCCGCCUAACAGGCCGACAUGCCUCGCAUGGGAGAUACGAAAGUCCAACUCAGGCCGCUCGGUGUCGCGGGGCGCCGGUAUGUUUCCGCAGCCGCCCCGCCAACUGGUAACGGUGGGCACCCAGUCGGAAGCCCUGCUGCCGGUCAUUCCCAGCAGUUCGGAUUCUGCCGAGAGUGGAUCCGAGAAGGAGGCAUCCCCCGCCGCUCCGGAUUUUCCAUCCAGUCCGGCAGUGAGCUCCUUUGAGGCGGCACCACAGCAGGCCGGAGAACCCGACCCCUCGGUUGCGAAAAUGGACCAGAGAGAAACGUCGGAGUUGCCAAGGAAUAAUGACAUUGUUGUGGCUAAUAAAUGCGCUGCUGCAGAGCAGCAUCUGAGCACGGAACCUGCCACUGCAGUGCCAGAAGUAGACUCUAAACAAUCCGUGUCUGGAACUCUAGCUGUGGAACCUGACAUUUCGAAGGACACGGAGAGCAUUACGACCACAUGCACCACUACACAAAAUGCAGAAGCCACACCGGAAAUUCCAGCUGCCGAUGAUACGACCACUGUGGCUUCAAAAACAACGGAAGGCUCUUCCGCAAGUACCAGUGUUAGCAUUCCACAGACGACUCACGCGCCUACAAGUACAUCUGUUGCGUCUCCUACAGUGGUCGUGGCAAAAAUUAACAGUGAUCUUAGACAAUCACACGUACCCAAAACCACCUCAGCGCCACCUAGUUCCUCCAGCCGAUCGGCGACAACGGUUGCAAAAUCUGGGCCGCCAAAGACAGCGAGGCCGUCAUCAUCAUCGGAUACGAAGCCUAGGAGUCUGACUGAAGGUGUCAAAGCACCUUCUCACAACUGGUCUCUGAAAACAGCAGCAACACGAUCUCCAACCACCACAAGGCAAACUUUCUCUAGGCCACAGAAUUUGAGGCCAUCAUCCGCAUCAAACGCCUCAUUUUCUUCCGCAUCUUCAACUUCAGCGAAGCGGCCUGUAUCCGCAUCGACGCGUGUGCAGCCGGCAGUGCCACCUGUUCAAAACAGAGCAGCGUUGCCGCAUCCGCACCCUCCUCCAACUGAAUGCCCGCCGAUGCUAAAGGACACGCAAAGAAGCGGGUCUUCAUCGUGCCUGAGUUUUGAAUCAUCGUCUUCGACAUCGAGCUGCCGGAGUUGGGCUGAUAAGGUUCGUGGAGGAAGCGUUGAACCUGAGGUGCUCCGCAGUACGUCGUUUGAUCCCAUUGUGAUUGAUGAAGCCGAUGACACCGAAGGAUGGGAAACAGUGUGCCGCAGCAAGCCAAAAUUGCGCAAUUCUCCGCACAAAAAUAUUAAGCCGUCCACAAGGAAUUCACAACCUUUCGGAGUUUCCCGUUCGCCAUCGGCACCAUCCAUCAACUUGUCCAAUGUGUCCGGCAAGAGCAGAAGAUCUUCCGCGCCAACCAACCAGAGAGAUUCGUUCGGCAACUCGACUUCGAGAGGAAGACCGGACUCAAAUGCCAGACUGGGUGCGCAUUCUCAAAACGCCAAGUCCUUACCGUUACUCGGCGGAAAAGUCGAUCCCGGUUCAGCCAGACGCAACCAGAGGGGCUCGUCAGAAGGAAAAGUGAUCUCGGUAAUGUCGAGGUCCAGAAGUUUUGUCGGGCCCGAAGAGAGAGGUGGGGCGGCCAAUUUGUCCGCAUCGAAAAAGGGAGCACAAAGCAGCGCUUCUGGGAAGGAACCGCGGCAGAGAUCGCAGGACGGGGGAGCAAAGCACCUCAUGAUCAACGUCGGGAGGUCGAAAAGCUUCGUGGGAACCUGCAGAGCCGUGUCGGAAGCUGCGGAAAACGAGAGCGACGCAAGGACGGCGUUUGUGGAUGUCGUAGAAGAUGCGGCAGAAACAAAAAAGGAUUCCACUGUAACAACGAGCAAAGCUCUGCCUCCGGAUAGAAAUGCCGGGAAGGAAGAUGUGGUACUGAAGGAUAAGACAACGGACAGUGACACCCAGGAGGAGGAGGAGGACCGUCUGGAAACGGAAGAGAUUAUCAAUGACCUUGGGUUAUCAUGGGGUGAGCAGAUGGACUGCUUGGACCUGGAAUUGAGGACUCCGGGCAGGGCCGUCCAGAUGCAUGAGAAUCUUUCAGCUGCAUCUCGCAAAAGGCCUCUGUCUGAAACAUUGCAAAGGAACAAAGAGAAACAGGCAAAAGCACAGGAACUGAGAGACAGGCUACGAGAAGAAAAAGCGCAGCGCUGUCGGGAUUUCUCGAAAAAGGUUGAAGAGAAGAAAGCUCAGCAGGAGGAGCUACAGAAUCAGCUGAGAAUAAUAAUAGAGAAACGCCUGCAGCGUGCAGCAGAGAAAAGGGAGAUGGCAUUAAAGAACAAAGUAAAGAAAGCUCACGAUGAAGAGGAAAAGGUGAAUGAAAUAGCAUUCAUCAACUCGCUAGAAGCUCAGAAUAAACGCAUUGAUAUUCUAUCCAAAGAAAAAGACCACGAAGCGAGGCUUCAAGAUAUUCAGGAAGAGAGACAGAGGAAGUUGGAGGAAAAGGCGGCGAAGGAGGCUGCAGCAGAGGAGCGCCGCAAAGUACUCGAGGCUGAGAGACAGGCAAAGCUGCUGGAGAUUCGCGAGAAACGCAAGCUUAAAGAUGAGAAAGUGCAGCAACAGCAGCAAGAAAAGGAAAAACUACGUCUCAAUUUGCUUAAACAGAAAGAAAAAGAAAGGGAGCAGAGGCUUUCUGCUUUGACCGCCGCCCAACAGGCAACGGCGGAGGAAUUGCAGAAGAAGAUUCAGCAGAAGCAAGAAGAAAGUGCGCGGAGACACGAGGAGAACAUGGAGCAAAUAAGGCACAAAGCAUUUGAACUGAGCGUCCGAAAGUGUUCUUCCAACGUGGACGAAGCGCCUCAUCCAGUUCCCUAUGAAACAAAGAAGAUUUGCUCCCUCUGUAACGUACUUAUUGGUUCCGAAGUCUACCUUCUCAGCCACCUAAGAGGCAAGAAGCAUCACCAGGCAGUUCGUGACAACCACCAGGGCAUGGCACCGUCCAUGGAAGAGCUUGAAUCUUAUAACCUGAAGCAUAUCGUCGAUGCACCUGCAGACAAGUUAGAUCCAGAUAUAAUGAUUGAUAAGGAGAGACAAAAAGCGCAGAAGAAACGAUGCAAGAAGCUCAGACAGAAGAUGAGUGCAAGAGGAAAGUUGUACGAGAAGGCUUUUGCUGAGAAGGUCAGGACAACAGACUCCAAGAGCAAAUUCAGGCUCGUAAAGCAUGUGAAGGAAGUGAACCGCUGCCUGGCAAACCAGGGCACGGGCCCAUGGGACCCUGCUCUGAUAAGCAGUCUAGACCGUGCCUUAGGGGAGAUGGAACGAACUCUGGAGCGAGGAACUGCAGAGGACAGGGAUGCGUUUAGAAUUCUCGGUGGAUUCGCAGCACUCUGCGAUGUUCUAGGCUGUAUAUUGAAGUCAACACCAGACUGUCUUCCAGUCAUUCCAGCAAGGUGCCUUAUCAGAACAUGUACCGUUCUGCGCCUUGCGUGUACAAGCUGCUAUUUCAGCUGCGAAUAUCUCCUCUUCAGCAACCGGGUCGCAACUUUACUGGACAUGGUUGCGCAUCGCCUUAAUAUUUUAAUGCCAGACGACGAGAAAGCUCUGACGUCGUCUCUUGUGGCAACGGGCCCUGGGGCUUCGGGCCUUCGCACCGACCCUGUGUCCGGAGCCUUACUGCAUCUGCUUCGCGUCUCGUUAGAGGGACUCACCGGUGCACUUACUGGAGCGGUCACUUCCGAGAACUCUACGGAGAUCAUCCGGCAACGACUGCUCGACGUGCUAAGCUACGCUGUAAGUAUCGGUACGGUGGACAAGGUGGCCAAACACCUGACAAGCGUGCGAGGCCCAGUGGAUUCGGAGCCAGAACAGCUGACAGAUUUCUUGGUCAAUUGCCUGGACUUCGUGGCGUGCCUGGCCCAACUCCUCGCGCGAUGCAACUGCAAGGACCACGCCGUUCUCACUAUCACGGACACAAGCACCACGAACAACAACAAGACCAAGCAACAAAAGACGACAAACGAAACUAAGAACAAACAAGCGGAGGAAGAAGGCACCCACUUGGUCGGUACAUUCCGUGUCACGGAACUGGUCGGCGCCGUUUCUCUACUGUACGGGACGCUUCUCCAUUCUGGAGCCCCUUCCAGGGGUGAGACCCCUCCACCGCCCCUGGCACUUCCGACGCUUUCUAUGACCAAGGCGGCCCUGCAGCUACUCAAUCAGCUGGCACGACUGGACCUCGCCAUGUUCCAGACCGUGCUCGGCUCAGAAGGGAUGUCCCUACAACUGAGGCACAUCGCCAGCUACCUUCUAUGGUAUACCAACCACUGGGAGCUGGAAGAUCUCCUUCACGAAGUUGUGCUCCUGGUCGGGUACUUCGCCGUCCUCUCUCCUGACAAUCAGAUGGUGAUCCAGUCUGGAGAAUGUCCAACCUUGCUGCAGAUUCUCUGCACUCUGCCAUUCGAGUACUUCAGCGAUCCUAAGCUGACGACUGUCCUCCUGCCUACACUUGUGGCGUGUUGCUACAACAACGCGGAGAACUGUGCCAUUCUGCAACAGGAGCUGAGCCCUGUACUUCUGGCAAACUUCAUUGAAGAACACCUCUUAGAUCUUCAUUGCAGCAAGAAGAAAGCACUAACGGAAGAAGAACAGCGAUGGAGUCUGGAAAACCGAUUUCCAAAGAGCCGAUGGACAGCGGCCAAGGCUUUCUUCUCCGUGGAUUGCUCCUGAAUGGGAGGCUGGCCACCACUCUUCUCCCGCAAUGGAUGGCAUGCGUCGGAAGAAGACGUCCUUCCGUGUCAGAAACGAGAGACUGCACUUUUACUUUGGAACUGUUCUUCUUAUGAAACGAAAGUUAUUUUGAUCUAUUUACGACAAUUUUGUUUUUCCGCGUCACUGUCCGGACAGCCUUGCGCCAUCACUGUGCUGGGGCGCCCGGUACAUUUCGACACUUUUUCGACUUAUUAUGGGUGAUUACCCUCGCUCAGAUGAUUACGAAAAUUGGAGCUUAUUUUCUGCGUAUAGUUAUUUAAUUCAAAGUUGUGCCGCUCGCUGAUGGCGGCUUUGAGGUGGGAGAAAUGAAGGAACGGCGUGUGAUUCCAUUAAAUCGUGCGCUUUUUCUUUCUUUCUUUUAGGCAUAGUCAGUGUUUCUGUUCUGUUCUUUUUUUUUUCCUUUUUUUUUCCCUAACCAUAGUAAAAAGAAGCGUUCUCUUCGCCUGCUGGCGACUGCACAUAUUUCUCUGACGAACAGUGUCAUAAUGCACUUAUAUACCGUGCCACCAGCCAGACUGCCAAAGCGUAUUUUCACGUUUUCUUUUUUUUUUUUUCUUCUUUCUGGAGUAAACGGUGUUUCUUGCUACCUCAAUGUGCUACAGAAAACGGAGCUUGCGUUCCGUGUUGACACAUUGUCGGACGUGAUCCACGAACGUCCUUGUGAGAGACCUAGUCACGAAAUGGGCGUCGGUGAAUUCCGUUACUUCGGGACGUUAGAAAUAAAUUAUAUUGUUUCCAAGCAAAGUACAGCUGUCUAAAUACGACACCCCGUUCCCCCGAUCACAUGCGGUAUACGUUGCUGCAUGGACUCUCUUUUUUUCUUCGUUUACAUACAUAUAUCUUACCGCAAUGUGCUUCCAAGUUCCACCUAACGGGUUUUAUAACUACUGCCGAUGUAAUUGAGCGCAAUUUAAUUUAUCCUCCAUUAUUUCUUAUAGGCAAUGAAAUGGUUCGGACAUUUCUAGAGGCAGCUGCUAGACUAGGUAGAGUUAUUAGAAUGGGAGCUUAUUUAUUUUUGCAUCGGUGAACUUGUCCAUUGGAUGUGUUUCGUCGUUUUAGUGUCUGUUAGGAAACGGCUACAAUCCACAUUCCUAAUAUAGCUCGUCGUGGACGUGUUACGAUUAUUCGUGGCCAAAUCCAAAGCCAUUUAAAGACGACGCAGCCUAUUUUACGGCAGUUUCAUCUGGGAUGAUUUUUCCGGGGGUUUCCACCCUUUGUGUUGUAGUUAGGCCGACUUACGAGUCACGUGACAGUCGCAAUGUGUUUCGUACUUUGUAUGCUCGGUUUCUGUGACGUUCAAAUCUCUGGAAGUCGAAGAACGAUAAUAUAUAUUGUCACUGUUUAUAGUUUUCUAACUUAUUGCGUGUCACUAAUUUGUCGCAUUUCAGGUGUCGAUGCUGAAUGCAUAGUGUUCUCUUUCUUUCUUUCUUGUUUUGGUCUAAUAAAACGUUGUGAAUCCCUCUC